UGGGUCUCAGAUGAUUACUACUAUUACAAUUCUGUUGCUGCCACUGCUGGCGAGCCUGUCCAGGGGCUCUCUGAAUUGUCCCCCUGAAGCAGCAAUUCCACUGCAGUUUCAUUUGGUGCGCGAAUGUCAACGGGCUUCAGCGGAUGAUGCUCUGGCUCUGGACAGCACAUCAUCCCUGGAGGAGUGCGCUAAAUUGGCCCGUGAAUGGCAUGGGCUAGCCUUGAACUAUGCACCAGGAGGUCCAACGCGAAGCAGAAAUAGGUUUAUUAAGCCGAAUUCUGACUCCAGUGCUCGCCACAAAGCCUUACGCAGUCAAUUGACGGUAUUUCAGCAGCCCGCAGAGUUCUUCAACUGUCAUGUGCUGCAGUGCCCACAGAAUAGCACCUUUGGGGGCAUGGUCAAUGACAGCCGCUUCGACUACUACAGCUUGUAUGGCCGACCAACAACCGUGCGUAACUAUAGCUGUGUGCCGCAGGUUGGCCUAUUUUUGGUAUACACCAAUCCCAGCAGUUAUCUGAAUGCUUCAUUGGCCUGCAGUAAUUCCAGCGAAUUCGACGGGAGCCUGGUGCACAUAGCCUCCGAGUCCCGGACGAGAGCCUUGUCACAGUGGAUGCUUGACUUCAACAGGAACACGCGCACAGUGCUGGAAGCAGAGUCUAUGCCAGAUAUUUUCCUGGCCUAUGUGGGGCUAUCAUAUAAUCGCACAACCUCCCAGAGCCUUCGUGAUUUUCGGAAUGCUCAGCACGAGAGCUUAAUGUGUUUUCUGUACAGGGCAUGGGACGUUGGUCAUCCAGGUCUUGGGCAGCAGCAAGCAAACGCCAGUUGCGUUGCAUUGACGCCGCAGGGCACCUGGCAUGCGAUCAGCUGCGAGCGCGAGCUACCUUUCAUUUGCGAAAUAUUCACUGCGAGUCCAAGGAGCUGGAGGCGUGAGGCGGAACUGGAUACAGGGCCGAAUGCUGUGGCAGAGUGUCGUAAUGGUUGAGAGUCUGUGGUGCAACACU